UUUACUAUACUUUGUGCAUAAAAUUGUGAACGACGUCGCGUGCACGCGAUAAAAAGGUUAUGUAAACGUUGCUUUGUGUGAAAAAUCAUUUUAAAAUAUGGUCAACAAUAAUUGGAACGAUGAAAGAAGUAAAAAGAGAAAAAAGAAACGAUCGUGUGCUCAAAUGGCAAAAAAAUUCGCACGACAAAGGAAUCAUGGAUCUGACGUAGAUCAUGAUACAUAUCAAUAUAUGGUACGUAUUCUGGAAUUGAUGAAAAGUGAUUUUCCUACUGUCGAAGAGAAAUUAAUAUUUGUGAAUAAUGUAUACGAACAAACUAUUGGACACGAAAUUGAAUAUGCCCAAAAUCAAGUGGGAUCCAGAAUAUUGGAUUCACUUUUAAAAUACGCGAAUUUGGAAACGAUUCAAAGGUUAGUUACUACUUUCAAUCCUUCUUUACGACUUCUCAGUAAUGACAGAUUUGCUAGUCACGUUUUACAAAAGAUCGUAAUGGUUUGCGCUGAUAGAGGAAAUAAAAGAAUAGUUUUAGAAUCUAAUGCUGAACAAAGUGUAGAUGCCAAUAUAGAGGUUAAGGAAUCGGAAGUGGAAUCUUACAACAGCAUCGUGUUAAAGCUAAGUAAAUAUUUUAUUAAUAAUAUAGAGGAGUUUGUGUACGAUACAUAUGCGAAUCAUCUUUUGAGGACUGUUAUCGAAUGCCUUGGUGGUCUAAUCGAUAAGCCUGAAGCUAAUGAUAAAAAAAAAGUAAUAUUUGAUGUAAGACGACCAGUCAUACAAGAGUAUAAAGACUUAUUAUCCUCAACAUGUAACAGAUUAUACAAAUGGCCUUGCUUUUUAGAAUUUGGGAAAGAUGAACUUACAUCUGGAUUAUUGCAAAGUGCUUUAUAUUCUUUAAAGGAUACAUUCCCAAGUAUGGUGGAAGAAUAUGUUAAAAAGAUUACAAACGAAUGUUUUAAGCUUGGAGAACAUCAACAAUUGUCAAAUAUUUUUAACACAGAAAGUUCAAUCAGAUUGUUAGAGGCUUGCUUAUCAGUGGGAAAUCCUAAAUCUUUUAAUGAUAUUUAUGAAAGAUAUUUUUCAGGCAAUUUGAAACAAUUGUCAUUGACGCAAAAUACAAACUUCAGCGUGCAAAGACUAUUUGAUCAUUGUACGGUAAAGGAAAAAUUUGAACAGAUAUUUGAAGAGAUUCACGUGCAUUUUUCUGAAAUUCUUGAAAAAGGUUUUACAGGAAUUUUAGUUAGUGUGGCGAAUGCGUCUUUAAGAUUGCAAGUUAAGCAGGGUGCAUUUGUAACUGAACUUUUAAGAACUCUCCAUUGCGAAGGAAACGAGAAACAAUAUCUUAUCGUGGCUUGCGUGGUAAGUUUAAAAACAUCUGAUCAAUUAGAAAAUUUAAAAGAAAAAAAGGAAGAUGAUUCGAAAUCUUUGAUCAGUUUACACGGAAGUCUAAUAGUACAGGCUAUACUCAAUUUUAAUAAACCUAUAAAAAUGGUUAAUUCCUUGUUGGAAACUGACAUAGAGGAAGUAGUGCGGUUGUUUGAAGAUCCAAAAGGAAGUCGCAUCGUGGAUGCUUACAUGGACAGCAAAUAUAUCGGUGAGAAAAGCAGGGAAAAACUUGGGAAAAAAUUGAAAGGAUACUGGUCGCGAUUGGCUCGCAGUACACAUGGCUCCAGAUGCUUGGAUAGAAUAUGGCGAUCGGCGCAUAUGAAUCAGAAAACUUUGAUCAUGGAAGAAUUAGCAGCAGCCGGAGAAUCUUUGCGUUCGACCAAAUCUGGACAAAUAAUGUUGAACAAAUUAAACGUUCCAUUGUACGCAAGAAACAAGAAGGAUUGGAUGGAAAUGUUAGGUAAAGAAGAGAAAACAAGAGCACUUUUCGCAAAUAUAAUAGGGAAUUCGGUCAAGAAAGAGAAAUAAAUUGUUAAAUGUAAACACGUGUGCAAGAAAAGAAAGAUGUCGAUGUUCGUUCUUUAAGCAUUAUGACACAGAAUAAUCAUGUAUUUCGUUAAUUCAUAAAUACAAUCUAUAGAAUCCAUCAUACAUCCCCGCAACGUAACGUAGCUAGAAAAACAUACAACGACUCGUAAUCUAAAUUUGAGCAAAGUUUUCUAAUGCGCGCGACGGAUAAACUCAUUUUAUGAUUCUCGACUCGACAGUGACUAGACUUAUAAACGUAUACAUGCGUCCAUGCACUGUGACGCGCGUAAAGUAAAACGUUGCAACAGUUUUAUCACUCGUUGCGAUUAUAUUAAUCUAUCAAUUGACUAGGAAAAAUAUCGAUAUAACACUUUGUAUCGAUUACGGUGAAGAAAAAUUUAAAUUGAUCGCAUUUUGUGCCAAAUAUACGGUUCUAAGUGUGAAAAAACAAUAUUGCAAAAUCAUAUAUGUAAAAUUGUUCCAACUUAUUUAUAUAACAAAUAUUUUGUUUAUGCGUGCAAGAUUUUUUUUAUGCUACAUGUUCGUAGAGACCUAGAGAAUGUAUAACAUGUAUUAAGUUUAUUUAUCACUGUUUAUUGUUUGGACGACGUGAAUGGAUUCAUAUUUUUAAUUCAUACUUUCGUUGUAUCGAAAGAUAACGUAACUUCACAUUUUCAUUGCUAGACAAGAAUUUCGUUUAUUUGAACAAUCUAUCAUCCGAGAUAUAUACAUGUUAUAUAAUUUAUCUCUACUUUGUCGCUUCGAUCAAAUAGCAAUGUACAACGAACCGUUACACGUACUAUUCUAAAGAAGGAAUUCGACGAACUGUAUUACAACUACAAUCGUAAAAGGGAAAAAUUUCAUUUCACGCGUAAUGUACUGUUCCCGCAACUUUGUAUUUAUAUAUCGCGAUACGCAAGGGAUCGCUUAACUCUCUAACUCGCCAAGAUUAACGCGAACGGAUGAAUUCGACAAAAUGUAUCGUAAUAUACCUUGGAUGAAUAACAGGAUAUUUAAACUAUUAUAACUGUACAACUGAAUGGUUGUAUGGUUUGCCGAGAGUGCGAAAGCGUAGGAAGAAAGUGGAGAAAGAAAAGCAGAAGAUGUAUGAUUCUCCGUCAGAAGAAAGGAUGUGCAUGUGUGCGUGUGUGUGUGUGAUGUGUAUAGUCAGCGCGAAUCGUAUUGGACCGGUCUAGCGAAUCGUCUGAGUCGAUAGUAAUUCCCGUCGUAACGUCACUUCCCCUUGGUCGUACCACUGGCCGGUAUAGGCGCGACGAUAUUUGCCUCGUUUACGCUCGACUGAGCUGCGCUUGCGAUUCUGGGAGGGCUUCGAGACGCUGAUCUUCGAGGUUCACGAGGCGGAGGAUUGUUGCAGGUCGCGUGAUGGCCUCCUGCCUCCCAGUCCCGGUGUUGGCAGAAGGAGCCGCAAUACCGUGCGAUUCCACAACCACCGCACGUCUCCAAGGCUGGUCUGCCGCAGUUCCAACAACUCUGAAAGUGGAUUCGGAUUGGUGGUGAGCAAGGUAUGGAAUAUAGAGGAAGAAAUCGUAUUGGCGCGUCGAUACGUGGCAAGUAUUGUUUACUGUUGGAAUGAAAUCUCGCGAAAGAAAUGUGGUUAAUUUGGAA